AUGACUAGCUAUUUCCAACCAAGUGCCAGCAAUGGCGCGAGCUCACCGGCCUCGCCGCUGUCUCCGCCGGCACAGCGCUCGACUGCUCUCACCAAUCGCUUGACGACGGUCCUGUCCGCGUCGUAUGCGGACUCGGACAUUCGCGACUCGCUUGAGACGUUGAACUUGAAAGGAGUGCACAACUCUGCCGAGACUCGACGGCAGCUUCGAUUGGAUGUACAGAAGGAAGUUGUCGAUUGUAAUGCGGAGAUUGUUAGGGACUUUGGAAAGGUGGCCGAGCAAUUACAACGGAUCGGAACUGUCAUUACAACCUUGAACCAAACAUGCGACGAUAUGCGCAAACGAAUCAACCUGGCAAAACAGGAUACAACGCCUGUGCUCGAGGAGGCCAAUGCCCUCAUGGCCCAGAGGAAAGAGACCGAGACAAAGCAGCAGCUUUUGGACGCCUUUUCGAAGCAUUUCAUUACCCCGGAGCAGGAUUUGAUGGUCCUGUUGUCGGCCGAGGAACCAGUCGAUGAGCGAUUCUUCGAUGUCCUGGCUCGUGUCAAACAAGUACACCACGACUGCGAGGUCCUGCUCGGCGGUGAGAACCAGCGAUUGGGCUUGGAAUUGAUGGAAAUGAGUACAAGAAACCUCAAUUCCGCAUACCAGAAGCUCUACCGGUGGGUCCAGAAAGAGUUCAGAUCUUUGAAUCUGGAGGAUCCUCGGAUCAGUAGCUCGAUUCGUCGCGCCUUGCGCGUGCUGGCAGAGCGUCCAAGCCUGUUCCACAGCUGUCUGGAUUUCUUUGCUGAAGCGCGCGACUACGUGCUUUCCGAUGCUUUCCACUACGCUCUCACAGAUGCGGUUUCCGGGGCCAAUGGAUCUGCUGCUGGAGAUCACAGUGUCAAACCAAUUGAGUUCUCGGCACAUGAUCCAUUACGGUAUAUCGGCGAUAUGCUUGCAUGGGUACACUCCACAACUGUGUCCGAGCGAGAAGCUCUCGAAUCGCUGUUUGUCGAUGACGGUGAUGAGCUCGCUCGGGGUAUACAGGCCGGACUGAGUAGCGAGCCAUGGUCACGAAUCGAUGAGGACCAAGAAGUGACAUUUGAUGGCCAAAAGGCACUCAGCGAUCUAGUCAACCGUGACCUUACUGGAGUGUCUCGGUCACUGCGGCAGAGAGUCGAGCUCGUUAUCCAGAGCCACGAUGACCCUGUCACUUGUUUCAAGGUCGUCAACCUGCUCUCCUUCUACCGUACGACAUUCACCAAGCUGGUGGGACCGCAGUCCCACUUGGUAGAUUUGAUCCAGAACCUGGAGAAGUUCACCCUUGGCCACUUUGAGACCUUGAUGCGCGACCAGAUCAGCGCCUUGGCAGGCGACCCCGUUGCCUUGACUCCCCCAGAAGAUCUGUCUGCUCCUCAGUUCCUGCUAGACGCAUUGGAGGACUUGGUUCUGCUCAUGAAGACGCACGAAGGCUCCGUUGGGCCCGAAGAUCUAUCCCCGGACUCAAACAACGAGAACCAGUUCACCUCCGUGCUCCGAGCCGCCUUCGAUCCAUUUUUGACUCUUGCCCGGUCCUCAUCGGACGAACUCAAAACUACCACAGCGCAGAUCAUCUACCGCACCAACAUCCUCCUGGUAGCCCGCGAAACAGUGUCCCCCUACCCCUUCGCCAGCGUCACGCAUGCCGCCCCUCUCUCCGCAGCGCUAUCGACUCUACGAAGCGACCUCGUCGACACGCAACACGACUUCCUCCUCGAAACAUCAGGGCUCCAAGCCCUCCUAGAGGCCUUGGAACCAUUCUCUCAGUCCAAGGACUCCGAGACAACAGAAGCAGUCGACAAAACAGACCAAAAGCCGCACCUAGCCGAUCUAGCCACUCUACCAGCCUUCCAGCCAGAAUCCCUGGUAACAUCAAGCCAACAACUAGACGACUUCCUCCCAUCCGCAUUGAUGGACGCAACCGACAACCUCAAGCGCGUGCAAAGCGUCUCUCUCGUCCAGAGCGUGACAGAAGAUGCUAUCGAAGCCUUCUGUCGCGACUUUGAGUUCGUCGAGGGUAUGAUCAUUGCCGCGGAUGAAGCACGGGGAACUGUCCAUGUGAAUCUGGGCACUGGCAGUAGUGUCAUCAGUGGCCGCAGUGGUAGAUCAGGCAAUAAGACUGAAGCUAGCCAGAAGGAUGAUGAGGAUGAAGUUGGCGAGGAUCAGUGGAGUUUGAGGUCAUUAUUCCCGCGGACGACGGGCGAGAUUAGAGUUUUGUUGAGUUAG